AUGGCCGACCCAGAGACCGAAGUCGUCAUUCCAGAAGAGGACACUGUCGCAGAUGAGGAGGUGGAAAUGGGCGAAGCUGAAGAUGGCACCGCGCCAGGCGGGUUGGAGGAUAUUGAGCCCAGUGUUCCCACGCGCACCACUUUCCUCGACUACCUUCGCUCGCCAAUCAUCGAGCUGGUCGUAGGCGCAGGCGAUCACACCAACACGCUGAACGCCCACCAAGGACUCCUCGUUCAAUCGCCCUUCUUCGCUCGCGCCGUCGAGCAGUUCUCCGGCAAUGCGCAUCGUCGCGUCGACCUCACAGGCGAUGACAUGGCCGCGACAGCCUCCGUGAUCGAAUACCUGUACAAAGGCGACUACUUCCCCGCCCUCACCGGCAACACCAACCUCGAGUACGACACCUCCGUCCCACAACCAGACACUGAAGGUGUCGGCCUCCUCCGCCAUGCGCGCGUUUACACUCUUGCCCAGAAGUUCGAGCUUCCCGCCCUGUCCGCCAUGGCACACCGCAAGAUCCACCUCACACAGAGCACAGCCAAGGGCGAGAUCGCAUACGCUCGCUUCGUGUACAAGGAGACCUCCGUCGACGACGAGAACAUCCGCAAGCCGGUUGCAACUUUCUGGGCUACGCGCUCGCACGUCCUGCGUCACGAGGCAGAGCAGGAGUUCAAGAGGAUGUGCUUGGAGUUCCCACAAUUCGGUUUCGACGUUCUCAGCUUGGUGCUCGAUGCGCAGGAGAAGAGGUCGCAGAGGACGGAGGGUGGCGGGUCGAGCAGUGGUCCCGGCAGGAAGAGGCAAAGGGUACUAUAA